AUGAGUCGCGCUGACCUUGCACGCAUGUCGCAUGAGGCAGCACUACGUGCUGAUAACAGCGGGGCAAGCGUUGAAGGUGCUCCGUCGCUGGACAUUCCUGCGCUGACAUCCAGCCAUGACACUGUGCAACAGCAGCAGCAACAUCGUCACCACCGCCCAGCUGCCAUGUAUGGUGCUGGCGGAGAGGUCGUGCAUCUGCCUGUUCAGCAGGUUCUUACUUCGCCUGUGGAUCGAUUCGGCCUUGUUGGUCUCGUGAAUUUGAUCAAGACACAGGAUCCCGACGUGGCCAUGUUAAGUAUGGGCAGCAAUUUGCAAGCACUUGGAAUGAACCUUGAUGCAACUGAUCCACUUUCUGCAUCUUUUGUCACCCCAUGGACGCAGGAUCCAAUUGUGGCAUCGUCGCAAGUGGAACCUGCGUAUCAGCUGCCAAGCUGCUACCAUGUGCAACCGCCCCCCGCCCAAACAAAAGUCGCAAGCUUUAGUGACGAAACUUUGUUCUUCAUAUUUUACUCUACGCCUCGUGAUGCACUUCAGGAAAUGGCAGCACAGGAACUAUAUGCACGGAACUGGAGAUACCAUAAGGGCCUGCAUUUGUGGCUCACCAAAGAUCCAAACACGGAGCCAUUGCAAAAGACUCCUACAUACGAACGCGGCGCGUAUGUGUUCUUUGACCCAGGUUCUUGGGACAAGGUUUCGAAAAACUUUGUGUUAAUGUAUGAAAUGCUCGAGGAAAAGCCCACGUCUCAAAGCAUGCUCGCAGCUGCAUCGGCAAUUCACGCAGGAGCCCCGUCGCAGCUUCCUACAACCGCUGGUGGAAAGUCCUCCCAUCCUUCGCAGUCUGUGGCUGUAACGCGUGGAUCAUCUUUGUCGCCACCGAACCAGGCAUCACCACAGCCUUCGUAUUCAUAG